GCCGCCAUUUGUGAUGGCUUUCCCUUAAUAUGUAAAACUGUUUGUUUACAUUAACGUUGUUAAUUUACUAUAUUUUAUCAUCAUUCAAUAUUAAUGAGUUAAUAGUCGAAUACACCUAGAAUGUACAUCAAACAGGUAGAGUAUGCUUUGAUAAUGCAUAAGUUGAAUUUAUGGUUGUAUUUUUAUUGUUUAGAAAGGUGUAAAAUAUAUAUCCUAUUAUCGAUAAGACCUUGCGGUCAUAAGAUUAUUAUUAUUAAGAUAUUUUCACCAAAUUGGGCAUAAUACCGUUUAGAACAGUAUAGACCCUAUAUCAAUUUGCGCAUAUUUUGUUAAAUCAUGAUUUUUGUCAGCUUAUUUAAUGAAUAUUGUGAUAAUAACUUAAGCUAAUUUUAACAUGAUUAUGAUAUUCUACAUGAUGAUUAGCACUGUCACUGAUUAGUAUUAUUAGCCUACACUACAUGUGAAAAAAAAAUGUAAUGAAUGUGAUAUGUCACCUGCAUCAUUAUUAUUGAUUAUUAAUUAUUAUUUUUACUAUGGCAACGAAAUGAAAUGUUGAUUUUGAAACAAAUAUAAUCAUAACAAUGAAAAAAUUAUACCUAUGACACUUGUGUUGACUACCUAUGAAUCAUGAAAGAUGAGCCAUAAGAAUUGUGUGACAGUUGACUUGUUGGCCAUGUAAUAUUUAUAAUUUAUAGUUGAGAAAAUUAUUGUCAAUAUUAGCCACGAAUUCAGAUCAUGAAUUAAUUAAUGAACGGGAAACUCACAAUAGUCUUCAAUAGUAUAGAUAGGACCUUUGUAAUUUCAGCCUAGGCCUCAUCAAAUUGAAUUCAGUUCAUUGAAUAUUCUAACAUUAAAAUUAAAGAAAUAGCCCAUAUUUAUCCAACUAAGCCCAAGGGCCCAUCCAUCCAUGAAUUAAGUCAACAAAUUUUAAGUAAUUGUUUUACACCCCCCCCCCCUUUUCCCUUUCCAAUUUAACUCAUUAACAACUUUCACACUGUUAAGACCCCCUUAUUAAUUAUGUCAAUUGGUUGUCCCGUGACCAAAGAAAAUAUAAAUUAUCAUGCAUAUUUUUAAUUAUUAUGACAUAAAACUCUUCUGGGAACAAAAAUUUAUUUAUUACAUUUUUGAAACCUCCAAAAACAAAUUUUAAAUUUGUAGUAACUAGAAUCUAUGAAUAGAGUCAAUUUUAUAUUGCUGAUUUAUUAAAGAACUGUAAGGUCUAAAUAAUAUUAAUAAAUUAAUUGCUAGUUUAUUUUUCAGCUUUUUUCAUGUUGAUAAGCAAAAUGUUCAUUUUUUGCAAUAGCGCAUAGGCAUACCAACUGAUUUUAACAUUUCCUUGUUAGUAUUUUUAUGAAACUUACUAACAUUAUCCUUGUCUAGUCUUAGUGCUUAAAAUAUCAGCAUUUCCUCUUAGUUCAAUUAUUGCCAUCAUCUCUCUCUCUCUUUUGGCAAUGUCGCCAAUGUGGGCGCAUUAUUUAUUUUCUCCUCUUCUAAAAGAGGAGGUGGUAAUUUCUAUGCAUCAUGGUUUCUAAUCUGUCCAUUUGAAAUUAUAUGAAUUUUUAUAAGCAUUAAAAUUUUAUUAAAAAAAUUAUGGUAAUAAUUUAAAUGUAUGGAUAACUGUUUCGAAGAAAAAUAGUAUUGUUUCACUCAAUUUCUGCUGCCCCCCCUUCCACCAUUGUCAGCAAUUGUCAAACUUUUUCCACACACACCCAAUAUUGGUGAGCAAUUAAUAGGUAAUCCCCAAGCCUUCAUCGAACAAAUAAUGGUUGACAUAAGAAGCCAAAAAUCAAGGCAAGGUGCUAGACAUUUUAAAAAUAAAAUUGCCUAUCAUGCAAUAUUUUGGCAAUGUAGAUUAAAUAUUCAUUAAGGUCAUUCAGCUGGGAAUUUAUAUUUAAAUUAUUAAAAUUGUACAAAUAUUUAAAAAUGGGUUAGCCUAGUCCAAGAGAUUCUAUUUUUAUUUACAAGUAUUGAUAAUUGAGUUAAGGUAGAGUCAUUUGGAAGUUAACAAUAGGCCUAGUGCAUAGCUUUGUUUUAUUCCAGUACUGAUGUUUAAUUCUCUUUUAAAAAGGUAAUUAUUCAAGGCUUCCGAAGUUACAGAGAUCAAACUGUGGUAGAACCUUUCAGUCCAAAGCACAAUGUCAUAGGUAAAUCUUAAAUUUAAAAAAAUAUUUUCCAUUGUAGCCUAUAUGAAAGUUUGAUUUAUAAAAAUCAGCUUUUAGAUAAGCAAACUUCUUAGUGAAUAAGCAGUUCAGAAUAAUAUAAGGUAUGCAUAUAUAUUUUUUUUAAUAGCCUACAUUAAACCUAUAUUUUAUAUGAAAUUUCUUGUCCCUUUUGAAAUAAGGUAAUAGGAAAUUAUUUGUUGUUAUUUAAUCUUUUUCUGCAAUCAAUUGUAUAAUCAUGAGGAAUUUCAUUUUUUAAUUUUAAUUUCAGUUGGUAGAAAUGGUUCAGGCAAAAGUAAUUUCUUCUAUGGUAAGUGGUUCAUAAGUGCAUCUCUUGGUAAAAUUAUUAUGAAAUUAAUUGUGGAAUAUAUAAAUGGCUAAAAUACCUGGAAAUUAAUAUAUUUUUCUAAGACAAGUUUUAUUUUUUUCCAGCUAUCCAGUUUGUUUUGUCUGAUGAAUUCAGCCACAUGCGUCCAGAUCAGAGGCAGGCUCUAUUGCAUGAAGGCACUGGACCACGAGUCAUAAGUGCUUUUGUUGAAAUUAUUUUUGAUAAUUCUGACAACAGAAUCCCAGUAAGUUUGGCAUAUUCAGAGCAUUCAAUAAAUAUGCUGUUCAUUUAAAAAUGUUCUCCUAUUUUCCUAUUUAUUUGUAAUGGAUUUUAACAUGUUUUUAAGGUAUAAUGGUUUGUUCGGGAAGAUAUUAAAAAAAACUGGAUACAUUAAAUAAAUAAAAGGGAUUCAUUAUUCAUUAUCCAUUAGCAAUUAUAAGAUUAAAAUAAAAAAUAACGUAAAGUCAUUAAUAAAUAUAAAAAUUCUAUGUUGCAGUUACACAUUAAAAUAAAGAUUGACCUCCAAUAUUACACUAAUUUUUAUAAACUAACAAAGAAUGUGAACCCUGUUUAUCUUUGAGAUUAAACCUUUAUAGCUUUGAUUGAUACAUCUGAAUGAGUAAAAAAAAUACUGCAACUUCUAUUACAUAAAAGUUAUUUAUAUUUUACAUUUUAUUUACUUCAGAUUGAGAAAGAUGAAGUUGUAUUAAGGAGAGUCAUCGGCUCAAAAAAAGAUCAGUACUUCCUUGACAAAAAAAUGGUCACGUAAGUUUUCUUCUCUAAAAAAUGACUUAGAUGCCACAAUCAAUUACUAUUAUUUUGUUUUCAUCAGUGAACUGAGUUAAAAAUGCUCUUGAUUCUCUCAAAAUCAUUAUCAAAUUUUUUAGGACUCAUUUAUUUAAACCAUAAGUUGAAAAUUUUAAGUUUUCACUUGAGAGGUUCAAGGUUUAAGAAAAUUAUUUUAGACCGGACUAUUCUUCUUAUUCUAAUUUGCAUGUAGCAUUUAACGUUACAUUUUUACUAAUUUACAGAACAAAAAUAAAUAAAAUGUGAAGAAAAAUGGACAAACCCCAAUUAAGAAUGUUCAAAUGAAAGAGUUGUAUAAAGAAAAGUAAAUUUUAACUUUGGCUUUAUGGAUCAUUAAAGUUUCAUAACCAUAUUUUGAGUGUGUCUGGAAAGAUAAUUGGCUAAUAUUAAAUUGAUUUAAUGUUAAAGCUACCAGUUACUUUCUCAAAUUGGUAAUUCUCUAAAAAAUCAAGAAAUUUUAACAUGUUGAUAACUUGUAAACAAAAUAAUUUAAUUAUUUUUCUAAAAAAUAAAACUUUUUCAUUAAAUUUAAUGUUAUAUUUGAAAUUAUCAUUUUUGGCUGAAGGCGUAAACAUUUAUGAUCAGUUAUGUCAGUGGUUCUCAACCUUCUUAAUGCAGCUAUCCUACUUACAGUUCCCUAACCACAAAAUUAUUUUCGAUGCUAAUUCAAAACUGUAGAGUACCUGUAUAUUUAUAUUCCUGUGGUCUUAGGCGACCCCGGGGAAAGUGUCGUUCAACCCCCAAAAGGGUUUGCGACCCACAGGUUGAGAACCGUUGAGUUAUUUUAUUUUAAUGUCAUGAUUAUGUCUCUUUUGAUAAAAUUUUUAUGUACAGCGCGGUGAGCCCAGCCCUAGGCUGGGGUACCGCGCUAUAUAAGACGUCUUAUUAUUAUUAUUAUUAUGUUGUUUUUUUUAUAUAUAUACAUAUGCCCUUUUUUUUUUCUUUUUUUGUUAGUAAAUCUGAUGUGAUGAAUCUACUUGAAAGUGCAGGGUUUUCACGCAGUAACCCUUAUUAUAUUGUCAAACAGGGAAAGGUAUGUUUUACAUCUUGAUUAUUUUUCCUUUGACCUUUUUUAUGUUUUUAAUUAAUUAUCCUAAUUUUUUUCAGUUUGUAAAUUUUUUUGUGUCCACAAAUGCUUAAAUAACUUUUUUUUUCAUUAAUUCACAAAUAGAUUAACCAGAUGGCCACCGCUCCGGAUUCUCAAAGACUUAAGCUGUUGAGAGAGGUAGCUGGUACUAAAGUUUAUGACGAGCGCAAAGAAGAAAGUAAUGGAAUUUUAACUGAGACAGGUUUGUAUUUUCUAACAAUGCUCAAAUAAUUACCUGUAAUCUUCUCUACAUAAAAAAUGUACUUUUGUUUUUUUUUAAAUUAAAUCCAAAAUUGUGUUACUUGAACAAUUUGAUUUUUUUUUGUUGGGUACAAAUUUCAGAAGAAGUAAUUACAUAUAAAUUUAUUCAUUUUAUCUUAAUCUUAACAAAUUUUGUUUACGACAGAUGGCAAACGCGAGAAAAUAAAUGAUCUCCUCAAGUACAUUGAAGAGCGCCUGAACACCCUAGAAGGAGAAAAAGAAGAACUUAAAGAAUACCAGAAGUGGGAUAAAAUGCGAAGGUAAGAAUUUAUGGAACUCUUUUUUACUUGAAAGGAUUUUUUUUUUUUUGUGUGGACAGUUCUAAGUUAAUGUUGAAGUGCUGAUUUUACAUUUGUAUUUACAUGUUAUUUAUUAUAUUUUUUUCAAAAGAAAUAGAAUCUACUUUGUAAAAUUUAUUUUUUGCCUAAAAUAUGACAGUGGUGAAUAUAUUAUUUGUUUGACUAACUGGUGUAUGAAAGUCAUCGUUUGUUGUUAACAUUCUAGACUAAUUAUUGUCAUGAACAAUUUCUGGAUCUGGUUAAGAGUAUUUUCAUUGAUUUUCAGAUCUUUAGAAUACACAAUCCAUGAUCACGAGUUGAAAGAUACCAGAAAAAAACUUGAUGAGGUACUUUUUUUUAAAUAAUUAAAAAAAUAAUUUUGUUGGUCUUUAGUUUUGGUAUAUUUUUUGAAAAUAGGUUCAAUGUACAAAUUCCUUACUACAUUUUUGUUAUAAUUGGCAUCACUUGGUGAAAAAUUUUGUAUUUAAACAAUUAUUUAUAAAUCAUUGAAAACUAAUCUAGCACUAUAAAUAUAAUCUUAAGACAUUAUUAUCAAAAGGAAAGUGGACUCUAUUUCGGUCCUAGUUGGAACCAGUGUUGAACUCUUCCAGUACAUUGCUUCGCAAUAAAAUUAAUGUGCUGUCAGUCAGAUCAGUAAGAAUUCACUAGCCACUAUUAAGAAUUUCGUUGUUUUUUCAUAGUGAUAGAAAUGUGUUAAAGAAAUGUGCACAAUUAUUUAAUGUUAAGAUUUCUCCACACAGCUCCAGAAUAAGAGAGACAACAGUGGAGCCAACUCAACUGCUCUGAGAGAUGAGCUGACCGCAGCUAACGAUAAAGUCAAGGUAAGCAAAUGUAUCCCAUGUUGAUUUUUUAAUUCAGCAUUUUAACACAUCCUGUUCACCAGUUGGAAUAUUUUGUCUUAAUGACAAAUAAUGUUAUAGUUUUUUAAUGUUUUUUUAUUUGUUUUGUUGCGUCAUCAGACCAUUAAUAAAGACUUGAAAGAGCUGAAAGCUCGUAUGCAGGCAGCUCUGGAAGAGAAAGACAGUUUAUCCGCAGAGUACCAUGAGUUAACCAAGAAAAGCUCGAAUCUGGAGCUAAGCAUUUCUGAUAUUGUAGAUGACCAAAAAGGAAAUCAGACAACAAAGGUAUUUUUACAAUAAUUUGGUACCUUGAUGAUUUUUUAAGUUCUUCUUGCAAUAGAUGUUUUUUGUAUAGAAGGAUCCACAAAAGUAAAUUCUAACUGAAUAUUGAGCCAACAAGCAAUGUACUUCGUUGUUUUUUUGUGGUUUUUUUAAAUUCGAAUUUAAAAUGCUCUCUUUCCUCCCAGGCUAAAGCUGAAGCAGAACUAGCCAAAGUCAAUGAAAAAAUUUUAAAGACACAAGCUCAAUAUGACGCGGUAUGCCAGGAUUAUCAGAAUAAACUUGAUAAUGAAGAAAUAUGCUCCACAAGGUUAAUAAAAUUUAUAUUUUUAACAUGUACAUUGACCUAACCCAGUGUAAAGAGUUAAAUAGCUUUCACAGAAAACACAAUCCUUUAGCAAAAUUUGACAUGACACCUUGUCUUAUCAAUUUUUAUUUUUUUUUUUAUUAAAAACAUUUCAAUUUUAUAUUUAACUCAAUAUAGGUUAGCUGAGGCAGAUCAGAAAAGGAAAGAACUGUAUGCCAAGCAAGGCAGAGGAAGCCACUUUCAGUCUCGAGAAGACAGAGACAAUUGGAUUAAAAAGGAACUAAAAUCUUUAAACAAGGCUAUCAAAGACAAAGAAGAGCAGGUAUUAUUAAUAUUAUUUAAACAAAUGACACUAAAAAAAUGACACAGCCCCUGUUUAAUGAGUUGUUUUUUUUUAACUUUUUUUUUUUUUUGUUUUAAAAUUAAAAAAGGCAAACAAAGACAAAAAAGAGCAGGUAUUAUUAAUAUUAUUUAAACAAAUGAAACUAAAAAAAUGACACAGCCCCUGUUUAAUGAGUUGUUUUUUUUUAACUUUUUUUUUUUUUUGUUGUAAAUAGUUAGUAUUUAUCUCAAAUGAGGUACUUGUAGUUUAGCUGAACUGUUUAGCUGUUAUUAAGAGCAAAUUUUGCAAGCCCAUCAUGCAGUUACCUCUGUUCAACUUAAACAUAGAAUGUUUAGGAUUGCAUUCUUAAAUUGAGACACUGAUGUUGGCUUGGAUUUUUUUUCUCAAGUAUUACAUACUGUUUUACUCUAAAGAUAAACAGACUACGAGAUGCACAACAGCAAGGUCAAGGGCAGACAACAAACUUGCAAAAAGAGAUUGCUGUAAGCUCUAAGAUACAUAUUUUUUUUUUUAAAUUUUCCCUUUUCUUAAAUUGAGCAUUUUUAAUAAAGUUUAUUUUCACUUUCUACAUUAUUACCACACUUAUUUUUUUUUUUUUUUUAAAUUGUAAUUAAAGAUAUUUUAAUUAUUUGAUAUAUCAGGAUUUAGAAAAAGAUUUAGAGAACAGGAAGCAAGGCAUUGAAGAUAAUAACCGUAAAUUUGCUGAAAUGAAAGCUGACAAAGACGCACAGCAAAACAUUAGAAAGUGAGUUAAUAUCCAAUUAUAAUUUUUUUAUGUAUUUAUCACAUAAUUGUAAGAAAACAUGUUACAUCUUACAUAAAAUAAAAAAUAAGAUGUUUAUCAUGUGCAUGCUUUAGUGUUUAAAGAAAUAAUUAAUUAUGUCUCCCUAUAACUUUGCCCAUAAGAAGCUAAUGGUUAUGUCAGGCUAGUGGUCUUCAUAAGGUAGUGGUACACGAUGUAUGAAGAGCACUGACUCUUUACAUGUAUUGUUACCAAUGUCAUUGUUUUAAAUUGUAGCACUCUAUGGCGCCAAGAAAACACCCUUCAGCAACAGGUCCAAACAACAACUGAAGAACUUAACAAGAGAAUACAGGGUCUGCGGUCACUCACUGGAAAGGUACCAAUUUAAUUGAUGUCGCAUUCAUUCCAUAUUGGUCUAUUGUUGCCCCAUAGACAUUGGAGUUGCCCUUCUUUUCAUCCAUCUUCUGCUUCUGUGCUGCAUCACUAGCUUGGCUGGCUUCUCUUACUUUUGUCCCGGGGACUCCUAGUGAAGGUCGGUGCUGGUCUUCGAUGUGUGUGACUGAUACAUCUCCAUUGUCUAAGGAUAUUUAUUUCCUCACCAAGCCUUUUUUUUUGUUUUUUUGUGCUGCUUGAAUUCCCCAAUUCUUAUGAUAUUGUACUAUCAAAUCCUAAGAAUUGGGUUGGGUUGAAAAAUGAGUUGAGUGACUUUUAAAAAAUAUUCAUUGUAGUGAUUCCUCAAGUCUUCAAGUCAAUCUAGUGGUGUCAAAUACCCAGACAUUUGUUUCCAGUGUUAGAUCUUUCUCUAGAGCUCAGAAAAAAAACAUUGUUCAGUUGGUAGAAGCUGCUCUUUCUAUACCAAUCCUUACUUUUAUGUCUGUACCUCUCCUUCCUUGUUAGUUGCUGAGAUUUUCAACGUCUUUUAGUCUUUUCUCUGCCAGUUUUUUUGGGGGGUUAUUCACUUUACCUUUCUUUUUAAUAUAUUAUUUUACAUAACCUUAGCUUAUUUCUCUGUAAAGAAACACAUAAAUUUAUCACUGAAUUUUUUUUUCUUAACAAUUGCCUUAUAUUUUGUUUUAUUAAGAUCGCCAGCAGCACAUUUAUAUUACGACUACUAUUUAGUAAGUCAUUAUUAUCCUGCAGGGCCUGUUGAACGGUAUUGACAGUAUACAAAAAGUGCUUCAGUCAUUUAGGGAACAAAACAAGUACCCAGAAGUUAUAGAUGGUUUUCACGGCCUCCUUAUAGAAGCCUUUGAAUGUGAAAAAGUUUACUACACAUGUGUGGAAGUCACUGCUGGAUCUCGGUGAGUGAACAUGAGCCCCUUCUUUUUACUAGUUGAGGAUAUGCAUGACUAUGAAGUUUAUUCCUUACAUAUAAUGUUUUGUAACAAAUUUCUGCUUUCCCCAUAGUUCAAUAAAUAUUGUCACAAUUUUGUUGUCUUCUCCAGUUUGUUUCAUCAUAUAGUAGAUACUGAUCGUACCGGAACAAUAUUGUUAAAAGAGAUGAACAGACUUCAUCUGGCUGGAGAAGUGACUUUCAUGCCAUUGAACAGACUUGAAAACAGAGAUACUUAUUAUCCAAAUAAUCCAGUAAGCUGUUGUCAAAUUUUUUUAAAUAACUUUUUUUUUCAGAGAAGGUAAAAAAAAUUUUUUAAUGGUUUCCUAUUGCAUGAAGAAUUAAUAUUACAAUUGCAGUACAACAAUUUCAAAGAAAUUAUUGCUUUACAAAAAAUAUAAUUUAGAUUAAUUGUACCAAAAUUUGUAAAAAAAACAAAAAAAUUCUUUAUCUUUACAGGAUGCAGUACCAAUGAUCAAAAAUUUAAAUUAUGAUCCAAUUUUUGACCCUGCCAUGAAACAUGUAUUCGGCAAAACAAUGAUAUCCAGAAAUAUGGAAGUGGGAACACAAAAUGCACGCACCCAGAAUCUAGAUUACAUCACUCUUGAAGGUUUGUGCCUCUCUAAUUAUUAGCUAAAUGCCAGUUUAUAUCUAUAUUCGUACAUUUAAAAAAUUAGAGUGAGGUUUACAACUCAUUUUGAAGAUGUGAAAGCCUUAACAUUGUAGUGUUCGUAUCAGCAACCCUUGCAAUUUUAACUACUCUUUAUCUCUCUGUUCCUAAUCUUUAAUUCCAGGUGACAUUGUUAGUCGAAGGGGUACUCUAACAGGGGGCUACAAUGAUACCAGACGAAGCAGGCUUGACCUCCAAAAGAGCAAAGUUGAGUUGACUGAAGCAAAACAAACCCAAGAAAUGGAGUACCAAAGUCACAGAGUGGAGCUGGAGAAAGUGGAGCAAUACAUCACCAACCUGUUGUCAGAGAUGCAAAAACUUGAGACCAAAAACAGCAAAAACAAGUAAGCUUUUGUUUGAUAUUGUUUAUACUUGAUUUCAUUUCAGUAGCUUUUAUUUUAGAUGAUUUAUACUUUAUUAAAGAAGAAAACAAAACAGAAAAACUCUGACUUAAUUAUUUUAGCCAAUAGUAUUUAUUUCUCUUUUAUAAUUUCAGAGAUGCAUAUGAAAAGGUCCAAGGAGAUCUGCGAUUAAAAAAGGAGGAAUUAGCAAGCUUACAGAACACACAGCCAUCCAGGGUAAAGAUAGAAAAUAGAUAUAGAAGUUUGUUUAACUAAAACAGUUAUGAAAUAUAAAUGAAUUUAAAAAUGUUUUUUUUCACUAAGAUGAAAUAGGAAUUGUUUUGAUUAUUUGAAAUCAUUUGCCUAUUUGAUGUGAUUCUUUUAGAAGAAAAAAAAGUUGCAUUUAUUUAAAUUCGAAAGAUAAAGCAUGCUUGGGAAAUUCUAAGAUAUUAGCAGACCUGUUUACUCUUACGAUUUUGGCGUACAAUGUACAAUUUUUAGUUGUAUACAUUAUAUAUACUGUAAGUUUAUUUUUUUCUAUUAAGAUAGUGUAUUGAAUGAUUUUGUGAUGAUAAUGUACGAUUUUAAGAGUUUGAGAGUAAACGGUUCUGUUUAAGAUUUGUAUAAUGUUCUAUGUGUUAUAGUUCAAGAGUGUAGCAAGCCUCGAGAGCAGCCUGCAGGCUAUGAAGGGCCAGGCAGAGGCUUUAAAGGAAGAGUUGGGAACAGAACUGCAGUCACAGCUCAGUGUGGAGGACCAAAGACAGGUGGACUUUCUCAAUGAUCAAAUCAAAAGGCUGACUCAGGAGAAUAUGCAAGCUUGGCAAGAGCGGAUCAAAGUAAUAAUUUGUUUUUCGUUUUUUUUUUUAGUCACUCAUCUGUUCAUGCUUUAACAGUGUUUUGGUGGAGGCAAAAAAAAUUCAAUUUAUGUCCAUGCAGUGAGCAGAAGAUUUUUCUUAUUUUUUGAAUCCACUGAUCUAAACAAAAAAAAAAUUUGUUGUGUUAAUUUCAAAAUGUAACAAUUCUUAAUAUGAAAAGCUUAGCAUCUCAGUGCAAAUUAACGUACACAUAUAAUCAACAAACGUUUUUAGAUUUUAUGUCUCAACAGUGUUCUGACUAUCUGAACAUAUGAUAAAAUUAAAAUAAAUAAUAGUUACUAGAAUGCUGUUUUCCCAACAGUUUUAAACAAAUUCAAAUAUGCAGCAGAACAUUUCAUUCACAUUGACUUUAGGGGACUCAAUGAAAACGUUUUUUCAGAAAGUUCAGAAUCACAAAUCUAUGCUGUUGGCAGUCAUGAAGAAAAUAACCAGCCACACUUCUUAAGCUCAGUUUGUUCAUGUCAGGUAGCAUAAAAUGUCAUUUGCUGUGCACAUCCCUACUUGAACCCUUUUAACAUCUUAAAACAUCAAAUUUUAUGUGAUGGCGUGAAAUGGUUUUAAAAAUGCAACUUCAAGUCAUGAAACCAUUUUUAUUUUUCUGUGCAGCUGGAGACAGAAAAAAAUAAGCUUGAAAAUAUUCUCAAUAACAACCUGACCAAGAAACGAGAGAGGCUGCAGCAGGACCUAAGGGAGGUCAGCAUGGAGGAGCAGGAUAAAAGGCUGAGUGGCUUCAGGGCAGAGAAGAUUGUUGUGGAAAAGCGUAUGGAACAGCUUGAGAAACUUAUUACUGGUGAGUGACAUCAUCUAUGUGCUCAUUUCUAUUUGCAUAAUCUUACCUAAAAUGCAUUUAAAAACAUCACAACUUCUUUAAAUGUCUUUUUCAACAAAUUCCCCAAAAGAAAACUUAACAUUUGUAUCACAGCUGCAUACACAUUCUUGUAAGGAAUAAAAUGAAAAUAUUAUUGGUCCGAAUCUCCCUUUUUAUUUAUCUAAAGGGAUUUAUAAGCCUAAUUUGUUUUCUUGACAUUUGAAAUACAUUUUUGGAAGUACUUUAUGUUAUUAGAUAACUGAAUAUAUGUUUUAGGUAACUGAAUAUUAUUUUAACAUAAAUUGCUUUACUAUACUGUAAUCUAUGUUCUAUAAUUGAUUUACUAACAUAGUACAUAGAUCACAGUAAAUUAUAAAUGUAGAAAUGGACUUUUAAAAAAAAAUUAUCCCUUAUGUUUUUUGUUAUUUUUUUUCUCCAGAAACUGAAAGCAAUGUAGAGAAACUAAAUAAAGAACAAAAACAAUUACAGACACAAUUAGAGCUGUGGAGGGUAGAGAUUUUUAAAUUCUUUUUUCCUUAAUUUUGAAUGCAGUGUUGCUUUUUUUAUUCUUUCAUUUAAAUGAAUAAAAAAUAAUAUAAAGAAUUAGUUGCUUAUUGUUAUUAAAAGAACCUGUGCAGUCUGUUAAAUUAUCGAAGUUGUUUUUUUUAAAAAAUGUAUAUAUUUUUUAAGCUCAUAUGAAUCAUUUAAGUAAUUAUUAUAUACAAUCUUAUUGAAUAGGGCAAAGAAAGAGAUAUACAAGACAAAAUUGGAGAAGAUGCCAAAGAGUUGGAUAAAAUAUCACAGAAGCAGAGCUUGCUUAUAAAAAAGGUUUGUUGAGCUAUAAUUUCUUUCUUUUCCAUGACAUUGAAGCAGGUUGUUAGUCCAAAACCAUCUGGUUACAGGAAUAUAUACAUGGUGUUAAGACAUUUUUGAAAAUUCAAUAUUGAUUAUAUAUAGAUCUAUGUCUAUUAUGUUGUUCGCUUCAUUUAAAUUUUAAAUUAUUAUUACUUGAGAUAAAUGUUUCACUUCCCAAUUAUUUUUUCUUUUUUUUUUUUAAAGAAAGAAGACUGCAUGAAGAAAAUUCGAGAAUUGGGAUCCUUGCCAUCAGAUGCAUUUGAAAAAUAUCAAGGCAUGAAUUUAAAACAGGUGUGUAUUUUAUAUAUGUCCUAGUAUUUAAAAUAGAUUGUUAGUUUCAGUUUAAUUAUUUAUUUACUUUUUGAGAGAACAAAAAUUAUUGAAAGUAAAUCUGAUAGAAAUCUGUGCCUUUUCCAGCUAUUCAAAAAGCUUGAGAGUUGUAACCAGCAACUGAAACGCUACAGCCAUGUCAACAAGAAAGCUUUGGAUCAGUUUGUAAACUUCUCUGAUCAGAAGGAAAAGCUGAUGAAAAGAAAGGAAGAAUUAGAUAGUGCCCAGCAGGUUGUUAAAAUUAGUAUUGUUUUUUUUAAAUUAAUUGUUUUUUUAUUACCAGUUACAACUAUGCCCUAAAAAAGAAACUAAUCAUGGUUCCUAAUGUAGGUAGCAAAUCUUGGACAGUAUGGGGAAUGUUUGCUUACAAACAAACACCUUAUAUCAAGACAGAUGUCAGACAAAUAAAAUUUUCAAGAUAAAAAUUGUUCUUUGCCUGAGAUUUAAAGGAAUUUGUUCUCAGUAAAACAAGAACUUGUUGAAGACAAUAUUAUAAAAGUGGAUAAUUUAUAAUUUUUAAAAUUUAAGUAACUUAAAGAGUUUGGAUUGUUAAUCAUAUUUUCAUUUUCUUUUUUUUUAAAAAAACAGUCAAUCAUAGAACUAAUGACUGCACUAGAUCAUAGGAAGUAUGAAGCCAUUCAGCUCACAUUUAAACAGGUUUGUAACAUUUGCUAUUGCUUUUUUUUUUUUUUGGGAGAGACAAAUAUCUGUAUUUUUAAAAUUAAGAAACAAUAAAAAAAAAAUUUUUAAAGAAACAUUCAACAAAAUGACUGCACUAGAUCAUAGGAAGUAUGAAGCCAUUCAGCUCACAUUUAAACAGGUUUGUAACAUUUGCUAUUGCUUUUUUUUUUUUUGGGAGAGACAAAUAUCUGUAUUUUUAAAAUUAAGAAACAAUAAAAAAAAAAUUUUUAAAGAAACAUUCAACAUUGAUGUGUUCAAUCAUUGCAGUAUAUUGGUCUCUUUUUUCAUGAUAGGCAACAUCAUUCUUUUAUUUAUUGUUUAUAAUCAAGUGCCAGACUAGUCAAAUACAAUUUUGCCAAAAAAUUUAAAUUUGGUUCAACAUGUAGAGCCAGUAUUUUGUUCAUGUUUACACAAAAUUAAAAUCACAGACCUGUUUGUGGUUAUUUUGACAUUUCCAAGUAGAAAUACUUUCAUUUUCAAGGAUUUACACUGAAUCAAAAUGGUUUGAUUGAAAUUAAAGUAAUCAAGAUGGUAUUCUUUCAAAUGCUUUCAUGAACCAAAUAAAACCAUACUUUGGGUUUUAAUAUUUGGGGUUUAACAAAUUUGAUUUUUCAGAGGCAACCUCCAUGCUUUUAAAUUUUAUUGAUAUCAAUUUAUUUUAUUUUCCUCCUUUCUUCAUCUAGGUGUCUCGAUACUUUUCUGAAAUCUUCAAGAAGCUUGUACCACAAGGUCAAGGCCAGCUUGUUAUGAAGAAAGGAGAAGUUGAAGGAGAUGUAAGUGUAAUUUUAUUAUACAGCUAAAUGAUGCAGCCACUGGCUCUGUCUUGAGUUGCAUGGGUUCUUUCCCAAUAGAAAUAUUUAUAAAACAAUAAGUACAUUUCAGCUGAUAAAAUAUUUAUUUAUUUAGGCAUUUUUAUAUAGCGCUUAUCAUAAAGCUCUAAGCGCUUUACAAUUAUUAAAACAUGUAAACUAAGUAAAUACAAAUGAGACACUAGGAUAGUAACUACUAUUCUAUAGAAACAAUGAAAAUGGCUAUAAAACGAGGACAAAAAAAUAUGAUAUCAACAGUUUUAAUGUUGAUUAUUCAAUGAGUAGAGAUUAUCGCGGAAUAUAGUUGAGUAUUAAGUUAAUCCAAAGGGCUUUUGUAAAACUGAUUGCUAUGCUUUAAAGACAUAUGUUGUUAUACAAGGUUCUCUUUUUAUUCCCCAUUAGGGGGCAGGUACAGAAAUACCACUGGUUGAACAGUUUACCGGAGUUGGUAUAAAGGUGAGCGAAAAAUGUAUACCCAUCCAGAGCUUGAGAAGAGCAUAUUUUAAUUGACAUGUAUUUCUCCUACAAAACAUUUAUUCUCUUUCAAAAUGCUUAUUUAAUAUUUUCAGACCUGUUUACUCUUACGAUUUUAACGUACAAUGUACGAUUUUGAGGUCUAUACGUUAUGUAUACUGUGUGUUUAUUUUUUUACUAUUAAGGUAAUGUAUUGAACGAUUUGGUGAUGAUAUUGUACGAUUUUAAGAGUUUGAGGGUAAACAGCUAAAUUAAUUCAGGUGUAUUGUGUACCAUUAAUUUUUCAAUUGUUUUCCUGUACUUUUUUUUUUUGUUUACAUCAGAUUGAAAGUGCAUUAAAGAAAAAAACAUUAAUCAUAACACUUUGCAUUUCAACUGAACACAUUCCGUAACUGUUUGCCAGGUGUCAUUCACUGGAAUUCAAGCAGAGAUGAGGGACAUGCAGCAGCUCUCUGGUGGACAGAAAUCUCUUGUAGCUCUCACACUAAUCUUUGCCAUCCAAAAAUGUGAUCCCGCCCCUUUCUACCUCUUUGAUGAGAUUGACCAAGCCCUUGACUCUUCUCACAGGAAAGCAGUCGCUGGUAGGAAAAUAAGACCUUCACAAUUGAGCUUUAAAUUAUUUUUCUGGUAUUUUUGUUCAGCUGUUUGUAUUUUUAGAAAUAGAGAUGCUGUGCGGAUAACAACUGGGACCUAAAUAAUGUUGUGAUUAAAUUGUGAAAUAAUUGUAAUAAAAAUAAGGCUGACCUUUGUCUCAAAUGACCUUUGGGAGGUAUUGAGUACAAUCCCAUCCCAGGUCAAAUUUUACACUCCCUCUCCUAGGGAUACAGAUGUCAUGUCAUUGAAGUAACACCUCCAAAUCUAUUUGCCCGCCCCACCCGUAUAGUUGGUCACACGCUCUUCAACAAACAGUUUCUGAUAUAACAAUGGUGACUAGUCUGUUUCACCGUCACCGUGAAGGCCACAAAUACAGAGACACCUAAGGAUGCAGUUUCAUAUCAGCCUUAAUUUAUCACCACAACAUUUAACAUUUUAAUAUAAAUACACUGACAAUAUAAUCCCUACCUGACCUAUUGAGAAUUUGCAAAACUUCUUUUUAAUUGACCAUCAGAUAUGAUUCAUGAGCUUGCCCAGGAGGCUCAGUUUAUCACUACAACCUUCAGGCCUGAAUUGCUAGAACAUGCUGACAAAUUUUAUGGUGUAAAAUUCAGAAAUAAGGUAAAAAAAAAAAAAAAAAUAUAUUUUAUUUUGUUGUCUUAACACAGUUUGAUUAUGUGACAUUUUUUUGUAACAGAAACUUAAAACCAGAUUAUGUUAACAAAUUUUUGUGACCUUUGAAACAGAUUUAUUUAUUUAUUUCUACAUUUAAUCCCAUCUAGGUCAGUCACGUGGAGUGCGUUACCAGAGAGGAAGCUGAAGACUUUGUGGAAGAUGAUGCAACUCAUGGAUAAAAAUACCCUAGUUUAUUUUGUGUUUUAAAAAAACUUUGGACGUGACAUCGUGUGAGAACAGAUGGAGAUAUCAGAUUAAAUUCUCUAAAGGUCUGGAAGCAUUCAGCGCAUAUAUAAAGCCGUAAUCCAUGGUUCCAAGGUUUUGGUUGUCAGAUGUUCAAAGGCCCAGAGUUAACAGACCUGAUUUAAUUUCUGCCGAUACAGUACAUCUUGGAUGUUUGUCCUGUUGUCAAUUGGAAUAUUAAAUUCAAUGUGUUCAUGAAGUUGGCGCACAUUAUAGACAUUUUUUUUAAAGAUUGAAAACAUUAAAAAAUAAUAAAAAAUUGAGCAACAUGUAUAGAAUUCUAGGAUUUCGGUAGCAGGACUAGCUCAGUUGGGUUUUAUUAUGUGAAUUGAACUUGGUGCCAUAAUAAAUAACUACUAAAUGUAUUAUUAAUAUCUAGUCCUCAUGAACAGAGAAAGGCUUAAAAAAAUGUCUUCUCAACCAAUCAGAUUACAGGAGAAAGUGUUACUUUAUUGAAAAAUUUGGAGAAAAAAUUGGAUAGGUUAUGUAGUUGUGUCUGCACAUAGGGAAGAUUACUUUACUGCAAGGGUUCUAAACUUGGGGUCUACAAUCCCGUGGGGGGGGGAAUAUUUAUCUUAGGGAUCUUGGUACCUUCAAUGGCUUUUUUUAUCAGAAAUUAACUUUUAAUAUUUUGGAGUCCAUAGACUUCACGUGACCCCAAACCAAUGCUGUGAAGUUGUCCAUAAACAAUGAUGACUACUGCAGUGGUUUCAAACUUAAAAGGAAAUCUGAAAGUUAUGUUCCCCAAAAGUUUUGAUUAAGAUUCCAUUUUCCUGCCCUUAUAGGUAUUCAUAAGGUCUUUACAGAUACAACUGUUAUAGUGAGAUGUUAGAUUGAUUCAAUUGUAUCUCUUUGUAGAUAAAUCAGAUUGUUUCCAGUGAGCUUUUCCACAAAUUUGUGUAAUUUUUGCUUUCUUAAAUUUAAAGAAAAAAAGAAAUAUAAAUUAUUAUUUUUUUUUUUUUGCAAACACAUUUGUCAUUUCAAACAUCAACCCUUUCACCAUUAUCACAUCGGUGGACUGACUUCAUGAUUACAAGGCAUAAUGUGAUGGUUGAAAAUACUGUUGAGAGAGCUUUGCCACAUCUGACUUGCAACUUGAUUACUAAUCAUUGUAAGAAUGCCCUAAUGGCACACUUCAUUCUUUAUACCAUUUAUAAUGGCUCCUGCCUCAACAUAAGUCAUGCUUUGAAUAAAUUUCUUUUUGUUUCUGGCAUCAUGUCUGAAUAAUUGAUUUAAUUUAUUUUUUUGACAGAAAUAUUUUUGCAGAAUGUGUCACCUUUCCUUUUGCUUAAGAAGCGAGUGAGGGGAGCAAAAAAUGGUUUUGGCUGGUAAUUAAUUUUUAAUUGGGGAUGCACACAAAGGUGCAGAUCUGAUUAGAAUUUAGUGUGUCAUUAAUACAUGUCAUUGUUUCAUUUUGUUCAUAUAUCUGAUGUAUGACCUAGAUCAUGUGUAUUCAUUUUAAUGUAUGACAGAGAAGGGAGGGGGGAAAAUUAUAUUUUUAGAAGGUUAAUAUGAAGUAAGCUUGCCUGGGAUACAUUGUGCCUUGUGAUUGGUUGCUUGCAAAAGAUUAUUGUCCUGUCAUUGGUGAUGAAAUAACUUGACUUUUCUUGUGUACAAUUAUCCCCCCUGUGACUAUUUGGUAAAAAGAAAAGAAGAAAAAAAAACUUAAUUUGUAUGUGAUGACUGCCAGUGGAUUGCUCUGUAUGUGAUGACUGCCAGUGGAUUGCUCUGUUUGUUGGCUGUAUGUGAUUACUGCCCGUGGAUUGCUCUCUGUUUAUUGGCAAUGGUGUUAAAUAUUCAAAACAUUUAAUUUGCAUGUCUGAAAAUGUAAUAUUAUUUGAUAUAAGCAUGACAGGAAUAUCUAUUGUCGUUCUAAAUGCUGACAGAUUGUGUAAAUUUGAUGUAUUUUAUUUAUACUCUGUGUCUCUUGUAAAUUCCUUUUAAUUUUUAUUUGAAGAGAGUAUUUUUCUGUAAAGCAGUUUUUGUGUUCAAAGGUUGUUUUUUUUUUUUUGUUUUUUUUUUUUCCCCCCACUCUAAAAUCUUACUAUAUCUUUGUCUUUUCCCUAAUCAUCUUUUUAUUUCACCACCUCAUCACUACUUGUAAAUUCCUUUUAAUUUUUAUUUGAAGAGAGUAUUUUUCUGUAAAGCAGUUUUUGUGUUCAAAGGUUGUUUUUUUUUUUUGUUUUUUUUUUUUCCCCCCACUCUAAAAUCUUACUAUAUCUUUGUCAUUUCCCUCAUCAUCUUUUUAAUUCACCACCUCAUCACUGAUACAAAUGCCAAUAAGAAAUAAGACUUAGCUUCCACAUGAUGGAAAAGGUUUAUUUUUAAGAGGCAGCAACUGUUGUUUUUUUUGUUGUUUUUUUAUGAACAUGGCAUAACUAACAAAACAAACAAGUGUUCAAUUUGGUGUGUCGCUAUUUUUAAUAUAAACAUGUUGAGACUGUAAUGUUGUUGUAGUUUGUUUCAGUUUUAGAUGAUUGUCUGCAGUUUACUGUAAAUAUGUAUAAUAAAAAGAAAAACAACAAAACUUUACAUUUUUAGUCUUGAUGGGUUAAUGCUGUUUAGAUUUUAUGGAAAGUAAGAAGAUUUACUUUUAUGUAACACAUACAGAGAAGCACAGUUGAUGUUAAUUUUCUGUUAUGAUUGUUUGUGAGUGAAUUAAUCCUUAAUUACUGGGAUUUUUCUUUCUUCGUUUGUAGUCUAGUUAUUCGGUUCUUGGAAGCAGCAUUUUGGUUUAUGGUCUCUGUGAAACAUUUUCUCCACCCUGUGACAGUGUUAGCAUUGAUUUCUUUGAGUCGUUGUCGCCGUCUGGUUUAUUUUAAAAAAAUUCCCUAUCAUACCGCAUAUAGUUACUGUACAUCACUAUUCUCACAUUGCUUAUAAUCAUGUUUAACAAUUUAAUUAGGAGACAUCAUAUAAUCAAUGCUAUCCUUGUUUUGUUCAUGUAUAUUUUGUUUUGUUUCUUGUUUCAAGAUUUUUUAAAAAAGAAGUUGUAAACAUUUAACUAAUUCUGGUUCAUUACUUUUCUUUCUUUCUUUUUUCCUCGCCCCAUUUAUUGUGUUAUAUUCAUUCUCCCCAUCAUUGAAUUCUUUGUUGUAAAGAUUUAAUAAAAUGGAUCUAUGAAAUUACGUUUUUUUAAAUUUAUUAUAUUAUUUUUCUUUGGUUCCAGGUUGUUGUUUUUUUUUUUUUCCGAUAGCUAAUAAAUAUU